GUAAAAUGGAUGACAAAAUAUUAGACUGUGUUACUUAAAAGCUAGCAGACGACAAUGGAUGCCAGCAGUCCGCAACACAGUCCUAAAAGUCCCAAGUUUACGAAACGUGAAGAUUUGGUAUUAUUAGCUAAACUGGAAGAGGCUAACAGAGCUCUUGAGAUUGAUGAGAAAUCAGUGUCCCUGAGUGUGCCAUCUGAUUCUCCAGAGGUCAAAGGUCACUCCAGACAGGGGUCAGAAUGCAGCGUCCUCUCAGGCAACUCGGUGUCAAGUCAUGUCAGUAAUCUCACCUUCGAUGAAGAAAUAAGUCACUCACAUAAUGCUGCAGCUAGUCCAGUAAAAAAGAAAGCUGCAGAGAAUGAUUCCUGGGUCCAAUGGGGGAGGAUCGUCAAUGACUGGGAGUCAUACUCCAAGAAGAAAUACCCUCAGAUAAAGGACCUGGUUCGAAAGGGCAUCCCACAUCAUUUCAGGGGGAUUGUUUGGCAGCUUCUUUGCAACGCACACAAUUCAGAACAUAAGGACAAAUAUGCAGAGUACCUCAAAACCCCAUCACCCUGUGAGAAAAUGAUACGACGUGAUAUUGCAAGGACUUACCCCGACCAUGAUUUCUUCAAGGACAAAGAUGGAUUGGGCCAAGAGAGCUUAUUUAAUGUUAUGAAAGCCUAUUCACUGAUAGACAGAGAGGUUGGUUACUGCCAGGGAAGUGGUUUUAUUGUUGGCCUUCUACUUAUGCAGAUGCCAGAGGAAGAGACUUUCUCAGUGUUUGCUAAGUUGAUGCAAGAGUAUAAGCUGAGGGAGAUGUUUAAACCAAGUAUGAUUGAGCUUGGACUCUGCAUGUAUCAACUAGAGGGCUUAAUUCAGGAAUUAUUACCAGAUCUGUCCAUUCACUUUCAACAGCAGGGAUUCCACACGUCCAUGUAUGCUUCAUCCUGGUUCUUGACUCUCUUCACCAUGUCUCUUCCUAUUGCAAUAUCUUGUAGGAUCGUAGAUCUGUUCCUCAUAGAGGGUAUAGAGAUCAUAUUCAGGGUGGCGAUUGCAUUGUUACAAACUAGUGAAUCGGAACUACUAGGACUGGACAUGGAGGGCAUGCUAAGAUAUUUUCAAAAAGAUAUUCCUGCCAAGUUUGAAGCUGACCCAGAGGCCUUGUUAGAUGUAGCACAUCUUAUCAAAUAUAGCAUCAAGAAGAUGAAAAAGCUUGAGAAAGAAUACAGCAGUGUCAAGAGCAAAGAGCAAGAAGAACAGGUUGAACUACGGAGACUAAGAACUGAAAACAAGCUUCUCAAACAGAGGAUUGACAACCUAGAAAGGGAGAACCAGACACUAGCAGACCGUCUUAUCCAGGCUCAAGUCACACAGGCCACAAUGCAAGAGGAAAAGUUUGCGCUUAAACGUGAUAUUUCAACUUCAAAGCAACGAGAGGUUGAUCUCGUAGGGAAACUUGAUCUUGCUGAGAAAGAUGUGGAACGAUUGAAUCAAAGGACCACCAAUCUUACAAUGGCAGAGGGGCAAGCAGGAAUCAUGAUACAACAACUUCAAGAAGAAAUCAAACAAUUGAAACUUCAGAUUGACAAUAAUAAUGGUGCCAUGAGAGAACUGAGGGAGAAAAUUCGAGAAAUGGAAGAGUUAAACCGGAGGUUGCAAAAGGAACCAACAAGUGAGAUUCAAUCACUACAAGAAGAGUUGAUUGCUUCCAAACUGAGGGAAGCUGAAGCUAAUCUUUCUAUGAAAGAACUUAAACAAAGGGUCAAUGAACUGGAUCAGUUCUGGAAGAAACACAUGGAGGCCACAAAUUCACCUGACAGUAAAAAGUUGUCCAAAAGCCAGAUGCAACACAUCCAAGAUGAACUUAUGUCGGUGAAACUUCGGGAGGCUCAAGCUUUGUCUGAACACAAGGAAAUGAAACAGAAAGUCAUGGAACUAGAAACACAGAACCAUAUAUGUAUGCAUCAGAUGCGACGUAUGGAUGACGAAAAGGCUGCUUUGAAAGUUCUUAUUGACGAAUCGGAGAAGAGAGAGAAAGAAUGUCUCCACAUGAUUAAAGAAAUGGAGAGAAAAUCUACAAAUGUCUCUUCAAAGAAAAAGGAGGAAGAUAUGAUGUCACGCAUCAAGGACGCAGAACACUCUCAGGCCAUAGCUGAGAUGAGACAGAGAAUUGCAGAGCUAGAAAUUGAGAACCAGGAGCUGGUAACUGCUGGCCAGUUGAAGUCUACAGAUGACGGUGAGGAUGAUAUGGCAGGCAAGAUAGCUGACCUCCAAGAACAGGUGUGGGACCUAAAGAUGAGUCGCAAGAUGCAAAGUGUAUCUAUGAUGAGGCUUGCCAAUAUUGGUUGCGACUCUGAGAGUGACACGGAGAGUCUGGAUGCAACUAUAACAGAAUCUGACAAAUUCCGUUCAUUCAUGACCGAACAAAUGAACUCAUUGGAUAUGAACCUUGAUGGAGAAAAUGAAUUGACGAAUGGUAUUCAGAGCGCUGUGUCAAGGGACGAUUGCAGUACUAGAGAGCUAAUCACAAUAACUGACGAUGAUAGUUCCAAGACUGCUGACUCAGCAUUUUUAGGAAGUGCAAAUAUGGAUAUUACAGCCACUAACACAAGUUCAAUGUCAAACUUUUCCUCGUUAUCAAAUACUCCCGAUUUGGUGAGCUGCUGGUCAGAUGACGCAUCGAGCACCAGUAGCGACCAUAAAUUACCACCACCAGGGGGAGCCAGCAUAGACUCGAAAAAGCGAUCAAGUUUAACACAGUGCAAUACCGCUAAUAAUAAUUAUAAACAAAAUGUGCCAGUAACAGAUGCAGGGUCUGGACCCUCAAUACCCAAGCAUUCAUUGGGUAACAAAGUUGAAGACAGUAAUUUAUUUUCGGAUAUUAAUACAGGGACCCUUUCAAAUAACACUCAAGCAAAUGCUUUACAAACUAGUGCUCAUAAGGAUAUUGAAGGGUCUCGGCAGGACUUAGGUGAUACUAAGGGGUCUUUCUCUGGUGCUGAGGGGGUAGAAGUCCUAGAUCAAAUUGUGACACAAGUCUAGCAAAUGAAAUAAAUGUAAACUCUUGAACUCUCUAUUAACAGUUAAAGGUUUGCUCAAAAUAUAAUGACUAUGAAAAGAGGCUCCUCAAAUGUGUCUUGAUACACUUGAAUAGCCCAGGAAAUUGAAUCUUUUUUGUUUGCCAAUUUAUUGAUGCAACUUUUUGUUCAAAUAUGACACAUUGAGGUGUCAACAGGAAGAAGAUGGACACUGGUGUCACCUGAUCAAUUAUAGUAUUUGGUGUAUUUGAUUGAUGUCAUUUAUUGGAUGUCAGCUGACACAGGGAUUUCACUAGAAUUUCUCA